CUACACGUGGAGGAGGACAGGUUUAGCGAGGUUGAUGGAAAACCCCUCUGCUGUCAGAGGGCCCAGACAAAGCAUCGUAAUUCUGGAGACAAACAGCUCACAAGGGACUUUGGUGCAAGCAGAAAAUUACCAUGACGACUCCACUGUCAUUGACUCUCAACAUGGCAAUGUAUGAGGAGCAGCCACAAGCCUCCACACCACGUGAGGAAAAUAUGAACCAUGAUGAGGCACGAAGGACAGAUGAGGAGCAGCCACAAGCCUCCACACCACGUGAGGAAAAUAUGAACCAUGAUGAGGCACGAAGGACAGAUGAGGAGCAGCCACAGGCCUCCACACCACGUGAGGAAAAUAUGAACCAUGAUGAGGCACAAAGGACAGAUGAGGAGCAGCCACAAGCCUCCACACCACGUGAGGAAAAUAUGAACCAUGAUGAGGCACAAAGGACAGAUGAGGAGCAGCCACAAGCCUCCACACCACGUGAGGAAAAUAUGAACCAUGAUGAGGCACGAAGGACAGAUGAGGAGCAGCCACAAGCCUCCACACCACGUGAGGAAAAUAUGAACCAUGAUGAGGCACAAAGGACAGAGCCUUGCACCUACAGUGCAGCCACUGCUUCAGCAUGCAGCAAGGCGUCCCCAUCUAUAACUGAGAACACGGCCCGAGAAGCCUUCAUCAGGUAUGCCGACAACAAGUGCUGCUGCAGUACAGUCCCAGCCAAGGAGGGGGUCAUCACUGGAAUGGAGGCCUUCGACACAUAUAGGUAUCGCCUUGUGACUUUCCGUGAGACCAGAUCUACUCAGCUGAGCUUCGUAUCCUACCAUGGGCAAGAUGUCGAUGCGCCUUCCAGAGGAGCAGUUCCAGACAUUUGGGACAUCACUGUGCAGCCUCCAAACUUCUUCAAGGAACAGGAACAAAGUGUCAGAAUGCCCCACACCUCAUACGUGCAGGAUUGUCCAUCUUGUUCUGGGAGCGGCAAGACACAAUGCACAGGCUGUGCUGGACUUGGGAAUGUAAUAUGUGUAUGGUGCGGUGGCCUUGGCAGCCGAAUAUGGCCGAAUGGAGUGUAUGGCAUGUGCAUGACAUGUGGAGGAAGAGGACGAAACAUCUGCUGGGGCUGCGGUGGUCGAGGCUUUCAAACUUGCCUCAGCUGCGUUGGCAGUGGGAAGAUCAUGAGGUUCACCCAACUAGACGUCAAAAGGACUAACCACAUAAACAACAAGUAUGUGGCAGAGCUGGAGAGUGGCAUCAGUGAGGAGAAACUCCAGAAAGUGUUGGGGAAGAUGAUGCACAAGGAUAUAUGUCAGCAGGUAACUUAUGUGAAAGACUUUGCUGAUCCUGCUGUGGUUGAAGCAUCAAAAAGGCUGGUGAGAGAACACCAAGAUGCCUUCAUCUCCAAUGGAUCACGCAUACUGCAGCAGUGCCAGACCAUUGAGCUGAUCCCCAUCACCUGUGUCAGCUACACGUGGAAGGAGAAAUGCUUCCAGUAUCUUGUGUACGGGGAGGAGAACAAAGUGACAUCUAAGGACUAUCCAGGCUCCUGCUGCUAUGGCUGCUGUGUCCUGUUGUAACAACUUUUGAAGAAGACUGCAGUACAUGUCUAAUCCAGUUGAGGGCGCUAUAUCCAUAUACUGUGGUGUAUAUGGACGCACACACAGUGGCACCACCAUAAAAUUUGAACAGGGGUGGCCAGCGAUAGUAGUAGGCUACCCAUUGUAAUACACUCUUAAAAUGAAUGUGUUGGAAACAAACUCUGUUGUCCCUGGCCUGGACACACACAGAUGUGUAAAAAAAACAACACAAGUUAUGUUAUUUUCAAUAUAACAAAUAACAAAGCAAUGUGUUGGAAACAACACAAACUGUGUUCAAGUCAAGUCACAUUUAUAUAGCACACUUACUGUAAACACAAUGUAACUGACCCACAGAAAUGAAAUAAAAAUAUAGAUGAAGAAUUUUUUUUUUUUACAGUAAAGUCAAAGAUGGCACUUAAUAUAAUGCUGAAAAGAAAUAGAAACAAGAUAAAUAAACAAACAAGGGGAGAAAUGAAUGGACAUUAUAGGCCGAAGAAAAUAGAUGGGCUUUAAGUUUGAUUUGAAACUACUGAUAGUGGGACAGGACUUAAUUUCAAUGUAUGGAGGUUAUUCCAGAGUUUAGGGGCAGCAACAGAAAAAGCCCUUUAGUUUUUAGGGCUGCAUUUGGGACUCCCAACACACACACACACACCCACAAGACACCCACUGGAGGCUGGGAGAGACACGUAUCCGCACGCACAAAGUGUGGGCAUGAGGGAGAGCUCCGAGUCCUGGGUGUUGUCCCAUCCGACAGCCGCGCGCACUAAGUGUGCUGUGGGGGUGGGAGAGAGCGAGGUCCAAGCAGCAUGAACUAUAUUCAAUGUUUGAAGCGUGAACUGUACAAACAUGUCUACAAAUAAAAGCAUGAGUGCAUUAUCAUUAACCCUAUAUGAAAUAAUGAAGAAAAUAAAUAUUUCCACACAUUUUAUUACCAGUCAUAGAGCUCAUAGAGUACAUUGAACAAUUAAAAAAAAUAAAACAUAAUAAUAAAAUAAAAAAUAUAUAUAUAUCAAUGGGGGUUUUAUGUUUCUUUGGAGCAACAACAUGCAAUAAUGGUAAUAAAUACAGAAAGUGCAGUCUAUUUAAGAUAUAUCUUUUUAUUUCAUAACAAACGACAUUUUAUGAAAGAUCUUCAACAUCAACUUCAACUUCAAACAUUUGUGCUGAAAAAGUAAUACAGUUACAACCAGUUACAAUCUUAGUGGGGUUUGUUACCUAGAAGUAACAAAGGAGUAUUAUUUUUAUCCAUUCAUUCCCAUUCAGUGUAUGUACAGUAUGUCUGUUCCUUUUCAUCCUCUUUCAGCUCUCCAUCUCUUUCUUCAGCAUCUCUAUCUGGAGAUAUCAAUAAGCAUACUGUAUCAAUAAACACAUUGUUAUUGUUAUAAGUAUUUUUUUUUUAAUGUACAUACUGACAAAUACUUGAAUAAGUCUUGGUAUCCUGCCAUUUGACCAU